CGCCAUGUAGUUUAUUUUACCAUAAUGGGUUUAUCUUGUGCAUGUAGAACCCUCCUCAGUACGUCGGCAACGACGAUAGGUGCUUUCGUGCGAUGGUCAUGUGGUGGACAUGCCCCCAGUACCUCAAGAAGCACGAGGAGGGCAAGGCGAAGCGGGCAGAGAUGCGAGGUGGAUCGCAUAUCCAAGGCAGCAUCCCCAUCUCUCUUCACCUGCAGAAGGAGGAAGUCAGGACAGGAGCGAAGCCUAACGUCUUUGCCGUGCUAAAGAAGAUGAAGCAAAGGAAGACGCCUGAUCCUGAGACGGGGUCCUUGUGGGUUAACCCGCAAUCCGAGACCCAGUGCACGGCGUAUGUCUCCAAGUUCAAGCAGAAGCACGGCGAGGACGCCAAUCCAGAGGCCGAGGACUUUGACCCUGAGGUCGCGGUGCUUGCGGGAGAAGGCUUGAAGCAUGGCCGCCUAUGGUUUGGUGACGGGUGCGUCGACCCAGCGAGGGUUCCCUCUCUCCGCCAGAUCCGUCGUGGUCGUAAGAGCGGCCAGCCUGAGGUAGAGCCCCGGCCACGGGCUUCGGAUCUAGCUGUCGAGCGGUUACGGGAGGAGAUGGCAGCGAAGGAGCAGGCGGCCCAGGAGCACGCACGGAACAUGGAGCGGCAGAUUCUGGAGUACCAGCAGCAGCAGACACAGAUGAUGCAGCAGAUGCAACAGCAGCAGCAGAUGAUGCAGCAGCAGCAGGCACAGAUGAGCUGGCUCAUGAGCCAGACGGCUCUGUCUUCUCCACCGGGGAGUCUUCCUCCUCCACCUUACUCCAUGUGGAUGCCGCCACCGCCCACUCAGACCCCUGGGACACCUAUCACCGUCAACAACAUGAACAUCAUCCGGAGCAUGAACCUCGAUUUUAUGUCACAAGGCAAUGACAAUGAGGCCGGCGGAAGCGGAGGAGGACAAUAAGGUUGAUGGCAUGGUCUUGAUGGAUUUGUGGACUUUCCCGUUAUGGAUUGUACUUGUACUUGAUGUGUGUU